AUGCGCGUGACUGGUGCAGCCUCUCCAGCGGCGGCAGCGUUCUCCUGUCGGCCGCCUCCUCUUUACUCCCUCCUCCUCGAUGUUGGUUGUCGUUUUUCGACCGUAGCCAGCGGCGCUUCAGCGAGGUUUAAAACAAAGUUGCUUAAAAUGAAUCAUUCAUUGGAGAAUUCGAUUCCCUAUGAGGAAUAUUUACGGAUGAAAGCACGGACAAUACCACAGCAUCGCAUGAAAGAAUUUUUGGAUUCCAUGAAUGGCAAAGGGUCUGAAGAAAUCCAGCAAUUUGUUCAAACUCCUGUUACAAUGUACCAGCAAAGAGGACAUUAUAUCUACAUGGACAGUGCUGAUGUUGCUGGAUCAUUGCUGGAGUUGUCGAGACCAAUUAGUUCUCCAAUUCAGCAACAUGCGUCACAGGGGUCACCACUAGGGCAACAGCAGAUGCAGUCUCACCAUGUACAAGCACAAGUCCACCAGUUGGAAAUUCAAACAAACCAUCAGUCCUUGCAAGCAAAGCAAAUGCAAGCCCAAUUACAGUCGCACACAUCUUCUGAGGAACUACAAAGUGGCAGUCAAGCUGUCAACUCAAUAACGCAAGAAAGAAGGCCAAGCUCUUCGAGUGUUCCACAGCCUGUGAAGAAAAGGAAAGUUGACUUACCAACUGAAGAAAGCUAUACCAUGAGUCAACCUGCAGUGCAAAAUACCGUAACCACUGUGCUUACCUUGUCUUCUCAGGCACAACAACAAGGGUACAUUCCUGUUCGUCAGGAGCUGCUUACAGUGGAUAGCAGUCAGUUGUAUGGUGUUGUUCCAGCUACCACUUCAGUUACAGGCCCGUUAUCCAAUACAGAAUCAUGGACUAUAUAUACGACACCUGCACCUUGCUCAGAAGGCCAAACUGUACUCCAAUCCUCAAUUCCUCAUGACACUUGUAAUUUAGUACAAAUUGAUGAAAUCCCAAUGAGUAUGACUGGGAUCAAAAUAGAAGAUGACAAGGAUAAGACUCCAGUACUGUCAGAUGGUGGGAAAAACUUGCAGGAUAAAAUGAUCCAGCCAUCUGUGACAGCUGCUUUUUCAACACAGUUUGUGAAUGUGAAUGGCAACCUUCAUAUUCCUGUUACAAUACAAGCUGGUGGGAGAGCCUAUCAGUCUCUGAAAUACUGGGAUCCACAGCAAUUACAGGUUCAAGCAAUUCAGACACAUACAACGGAACAGCAAAUUGAGGCGCAGGCUGAUUUAAUGCUUCCUGAUUCUCUAAAACCAGAAGAAGGGGCUAGUGUCUGGCAGAACUGGGCUCAAGUUAAGAAUGCAGAAAUAAUGAAGGAAGCUGAAAAUAAACCCCCUUUGCCAGGAAGACGACAGCCAAUGAAAUUUAGAGAAGAUGCCCUUUGUGCAACAUUAGUAGAGCUCAAUUAUGGACUUUGUUUGAUGACCAAAGAAGCAAGGUAUUCCGAUGGUUCCCCGUAUGAAGCAGACUUGCUGUAUUAUUUCUUUCUUUGUAUUCAGAAGCAUAUGUUUGAAAAUGGAAGAAUAGAUAAUAUUUUUGCCGAUCUCUACUAUUCUAAAUUUACUGAAAAAUUACAUGAAGUGCUCAAAGAAUGGCAUCCUAAAAUAAGUCCACUUGGUUAUGUCAUUCCAAGUCGAAUUACUGAGGAGAUGCUUUGGGAUUGUAAGCAAUUGGGAGCACACUCUCCAGCUACUCUUUUGUACACGCUAAUGUAUUUCAAUACCAAGUACUUUAUGCUUAAAACAGUCGAACAACACUCUAAAUUAGCUUUCUCUAAAGUAUUAAAGCAGAUGAAAAAGAAUCCAGGCAAUUCAAAGGAUAAGUGUUCUAGUAUACGAUAUCUGCGAUUAUAUGGACAACUUCAAGCUGGACAGAAAGUUACAGAAGAUAUGUAUGUGGAACAACUUGAAAAUUCUGAAAAUCCCUUGAGGUGUCCCAUAAAACUCUAUGACUUCUACCUCUUUAAAUGUCCACAGAGUGCUAAAGGGCGAAAUGAUGCCUUCUACUUGAAUGCUGAACCAGUAGUUGCUCCAAAUAGUCCAAUCUGGUAUUCAACACAACCAGUCAGUAAUGAGGCAAUGGAACAAAUGUUGACCAGAAUCCUUAUGAUAAGGGAGGUUCAAGAAGCUUAUGUAAAUAUAGAGAUUCCUCCCUUCUAGUGAGAAUUUCCCAAAGCAGGGUGCUGGUGGAGAAACUGCCAGUCUAAAGUAAGUCAUAGGAAGAUUAUUUUGUCAGAGAAACAUCUUUGUCUCUUCCUGCUCCCUCAGAAGAUGUUCAUGCACAGUGUGCUUGAGGACUUGUGUAUUAUGAAUAUGGAUGUCAGAAUUUGUAAACCCCGUGAAUUUGUGGGUGAUUUGUAUUCCAGUUCCAAAAGCUUGAUCAGUUCUAUUGUUUCUUUAAACUAUACAGAAAAAUGUAACUGUCUAACUGAACAAACUGUAAAUAAGAGGAAAGUUUAAAAAAACUAUUUCUUCCAGUUAGUAGUAAAGUUUGCUACUUCAUCUAUAAAUUCUUUAAUGGAGCUUUGAAUUAAAUAUAAAUUAUGUGCAUUCCAAUUUGUGGCAACACAGAUAAUUGUGAUCAUUGUAUAACUUAACUUCUUGUUUGAAUCUUGACUCUCAGUUCUGUCUGUACUUUGAUUACAGAUGCUUCCAUGCACAGUCUUUUUUUAAGCAGACUGACAUGUUCUUUAAGUGUCUUUUUUUGUAUGUAAUGUACCUGGUGUACUUAUGUGCCUAAUGUGGAUAUUCCACUACAGAUUUUAAGAAACUUUUUAAAAUAUGGAAAUUGCAUUUGCAUGAACAAAAAUUAAAUUGGGCUUUCUUAAAAAAAAACGUUGGCUUUAGGUUUUAAACCAGAUCAACUUUACCUCACGGAUCUUGUGAUAUUGUGCCUUCGUAUUAGACAGGCACAGGAUAAUUUUCUUAUGGACUAUAGUGUACUAGAAAGCUUUUUGAAUAGCUAGUUUUGGUGGUUUUUACUUUUAUGGGGAUAAUUUUUUUUUCUUUAAUUUGUUUUGAAUCAUUGACUAAAAUCAGUACUGUUAUACACAUAGUGCUUACCAGGGAUAUCAUGUUACCUUUGUAAUUUUUUAAAUACAGAUCAUUCACUAAUUUUGUUGGUCUAGGUAGAAACAAUAAAUUUUGCCUAUGAAAGUAAGAUACACUUUGUUGUUUAUCAUAAAAAACUGAAAUCUUAAAAGAUGCAUCUCCUAAUAUAAAUAUAUACCAAAAAAAUUGUUUGAAAUGCAAGCUUAUUGCAAUCAGUUUAGCUACAGGUCAUUCAAAUAUGGUUAGAAUGCACAAAGAACAGGGUGAGUGUAUAUUUUGAUUAAUAUCCCAAAAUAGAGGAAUUUCAGUAUUUUCCCUUCUAAUUGUUUUGUCAAUUUUGUUCAGUACGGGCAUGUCCAUCUGAUGGCAAAUUGGUUAAAUUAUACCAAUCAAAAAUCAGUUGGGAUAAAAGUUACAUCACACACCACCAGGUUAUGAUCCAACAGGUUUAGUUGGAGGGAGUAGCUUUUGAAGUGCUGCUGCUUUAUCAGGUCACAACCACCUGAUGAAGAAGCAACACUCAAAGGCUAGUGCCUCCAAAUAAACCUGUUGGCCUAUAGCCUGGUGUUGUGAUUUUAAACUUUGCCCACCCCAGUCCAACAUCAGUUCCCCCAAAUCAGUUUGGGAUGCCAUUGCUGUGACAUGUUCGUAAGGAUUUGUUUUGCCAUAUUGCUAAUCCGAUGCUCGUGCUUACAGCUGUAUUUGUAAUGAUUUUAACUUGAUUUCUGUGUUUAGGUACUUGUAUCAUUUUUCUCAUUACUUUUUUUGAUAACCUGUUUUAAGAUGCGAAUGAGAGAUUUUGCUUAAGCCCGUAGCUUCCAAACCUGGUAAGUCACAACAAUUUUCAGAAGCAGGACAUAUUUAGUUGAGCAUUUUUAAUACCUCAGCAAUGACCUUAGGACAGUUCCCUUUAAGGAACCAAUCUCCCAAACUCUUGUUUUGCUGUACAUACAUUUGAAAUCUUGGCCAAUGCAUCUAAGAUGGCCUUGUGUUUUAUUUUAUCUGUGUAUUUAUGUUAUCUUUUCUUGUCUUCUGGAAUCUAAUUAGAAACAUUUUAGAACCAGUUACUGUGUAGAACUCAU